AUGAUAGAUGCGUUAUUAGACAGUGGCUGCACAGGGAGUUGCAUAGACUCUAGAUUUGUUGAAGAACAGGGAUAUGAAAGGCAAAGAAUCCCUAGACCCAUUCCAGUCUACAAUGCUGACGGCACCUUUAACCGGGACGAAAGCAUUAAGGAAUUUAUAAAACUAUUAGUGGAGAUAAAUGACCAUGACGAAAGACUCCAGCUAGCCGUUGUCAUGCACCAAAGUUGA